AUGCGAUUUGCCCGAAGUUUGCAAGCUAUCACGCGUUCCCUUCCUGCAGUGCGUACCGCCUCGGCGCCAUCUGAAACUUCUCUGGAUGAACGCGUAUUUGAGAAGUGUACAGACGACCAGUUGGUCGACAUAGAAAAUCCAUACCAACGUGAAAAGCCCAUAUGCUUCCUUUGCCGCUACAAAAUCGAUCUGGACUACAAAAAUGCUCGCUUGCUAAGCCAGUUUUUGUCUUCGUUCAGCGGUAGGUUUUAUGACAAGCAUAUAACCGGCCUUUGCGAGCAUCAGCAGCGCCGACUUCGCGCCGCAGUUCUGCUGUCAAGGAAAGCCGGCUAUUUGCCGGUGUUCAACAAAGAGCCGAGAUUCUUGAGAGAUCCUCGUCUCUUUGAUCCAAUGAAGCCAUCGCGACCUCACCCCUACUAA